AAAAUGGCGGAUGUCAGUUAUUGAAUUUUUCCAAAAUUUCCUCUUAAAUCACUACGUCUAGUCCAUUUCAUUUUUUAAACAAAAGGUGCAUUGUAUUGUUCAAGCAAAAGAAAAAGAUGUCUCUAGGAAUUGUGGAAAAUGAUAAAGUACCUGAUUCCCCACCACCAUCACUUUGUCAAGAUCAAAGAAAUGACAAGUUUCCUGAAGUGGUAACUGAAGUUUCUGUGAAAAUCAAAAUUAAUGAAAUAUUAGAAAAACUGAAAGCAGCAGACGACCUCGCCUCACAGGAGCAUUAUGAAGAUUUUCGUUAUUUGUGGCAAAUGUGCAGAUAUUCAACCAAUACAUCAUUGAGAAAAAUUGUAGUAUAUACCUAUUUAAAUGAAAAUUUUUUAUCAAUAUUUGAAAAAUUCUGGAAAUUGAAAGAAAAUUGUAAUAUUUUUGAUGCUCAAAAUCAAUGGUUGUGGAAAAAUUUCCGAAGCGCCAUUUCUGUGUUGUGGAACUCGAGUGAUGCCUCCAGUGCAAUAUGUCAGCAAUUUGCUCGAACAUCAUUACUUGGACAAUUUUUGGAAUCCCUUAAAUAUUUUUCUGUCCAACCUAAGUUCGUAGAAGAUGACCAAAAACUGUAUUUUGUGAAAGCAAUGCUAGGAAUUCUUCACAAUAUUGUUAAUAAUUUUGAAGAAUCGAAAACCAUGAUACGAAGCUUCAAUGGAAUUGAAAUUCUGCAGAGUUUUCUAAUUUUUGAUAACAAUAUGGUCAAAGCAAAAGCCUUGAUUACCUUGUCUUAUAUUAUUGACGAAGAUAAAAAUGAAACUAUCAAUGCCGAGAAGGGGGUUAUCAACUACAUUGUAGAAAUGUUAAAGGAUAGUCUCAGUUCUCCAGACCAUUUCUCAUCUAAAUAUGGUAUGAGUGCUUUAGAAAUUGCCGAAGGGUUGAAUAACAUCGCAGUCAAUGAUAACAAUAAGAUUAAGAUUGUUCAGUGUAAGGCCUUGCCUCUGUUAGUUAAAAUGAUGAAGCUGGAUAGAAACAGUCAGUAUCUUGGUGUCAUGGUUUUAUGGACUCUGGCCUUCAGUCCUGUCAACUGUCCUUCUAUUUCUAAAGAACCUGGGUGCUUGGAAGCUUUGAAUGACAUUGUGAAAUCAGAAGAUACAACUUUAAGUCAUGCAGCAAGAGGGGCAUUAUGGGAAAUUGAUGAUUAUGAACAAGAAAAUGCUGCCAAUGAAAGUGAAAGUGGUCAUGUGAUGAUUAGUUAUCAAUGGGAUGCCCAGCCAGUCUUAUUAAAGAUUAAAGAUAAACUGAAACAAGCAGGAUAUAAGGUCUGGAUGGAUGUGGAACAUAUGAGUGGCUCUACUCUAGAAGCUAUGGCGCUGGCCGUGGAGAAAUCUGCUGUUAUAUUAGUUGGUAUAUCAGAAAAAUAUAAAUUAUCACCAAGCUGUAGAACUGAAGCAGAGUAUAUCUACAGACUACGUAAAGAUAUCAUACCGAUACAGGUGGAGAAGGGGUACCGUCCUGACGGAUGGCUAGGUAUGAUGGUAGGAACCAAGUUAUAUUUUAAUUUUACUGACGAUGGUUUGGUGGAACAUCAGAUCCCUCGACUUUAUAGAGAACUGGGUGAUAGAGGCUUAAUAACGUCUAAACUUAAACUCAAUAGUGCUCAAACAUUGUCUAGAGAAGAUAGCAUACAGACCAAAAGUCAAUGUUGUAAUUGGUCAAGCGAUCAAGUUGCUGAUUGGUUAGAAUCAAAUGGUGUGCCGCUUUAUUCAUCCAGCUUAAAAGAAAUGGAUGGUAACUUGUUAUUGGAAUUGAAAAAUAUCAAACACAGAGCACCAACAUAUUUCUAUAACAUUCUUCAACAAGAAUUCGGCUUGGGAAUAUUAGAUGUAAUCAAAUUUUCUAGAAUUAUUGAGUUACUUCCAUAA